AUGGGUUCUAGGCCUAUACUGUUGAUGCUUCAUGUGUGCGUGUUACAAAAAGUUACAAACAUUUCUCAGUAAUUUCUAUUUAUUUUUUUUCAUAUUCCAGCCUGCAAUGAGCUGCAGCUGCAUGAGCUGUAUAAAAUGCUCCAAUCCAGGCUGUUUUCAGAGGCGUUUUGACUGUCAGUAAACGUCUAAAUGCAGAAGCAAACACACUUCCCCAUUCCUCUGCUGCUUUAAUUGAUAUGCAGACUCUGCUCAUGAGGACAAUGAUGAGGUCUCUACUCUGCUGUGGUUCUGCAGAGAGUCUCUCAGUGACCAGGAGAGGGCAUCUCGCGUCCUGCAAACGAGCAGCAGUGAGCUCAGUCUAAUCCUCCUCCACCAACAUCAUUCCUGUUGCUAUACAACUGAUUUAUUCUUGAUGCCACCACGGUCAGCGGCUCUAAUCCACAGCAGACUGCACCUCCUCAUCUCAACCUGGAUACAUCCAACUUGUCGUGCUUUGGACCUCCAGUUUAUCACAUUUCUUCACUUGCUCGGUGUCUUUUUCUGCCACUUCCAUUUGGUGUUUUCUAAAAAAAAAUGUCUUUUCUAAAAAGCCUCCCAAAGCACGCGCUCAACAGUUCCAUCCUCGUGCGGCUGCGAGCUUGAGCGCGUUCAUCCAUCCAUCGGAGGUUUGCUUUGUAACGUGGCUGGUGCGUGUCCAACUAUUUUGGACAAAACGCCAAAACGUUAGUGCGUCUGACAUGUGGACCUGGGACGCAUGCAACAGAGAGCCUGAACCAUGAGGAGGAGCCGACACCGCGCUAAUAUGGGACUUCUCGUGCUUUUCAGAUGGCUCGUGUUCACAGUGGUGGUGCCCGCCUGGCUGCUCGCCGCUCCGAGCGCCAUCCGCGAGCGUCCCUGCCCCCUGAGCUGUAGAUGUGACGGGAAAAUAAUAUACUGCGAGUCCAAUGCCUUCCGUGAUGUGCCGAGCAACGUGUCCGUGGGCACGCAGGGCCUCUCGCUGCGUUACAACAGCCUGAUGAACCUCAGAUCCCACCAGUUCGCAGGCCUGAGUCAACUGGUUUGGCUCUACCUCGACCACAAUUACAUCAACGAGGUGGACGGACAGGCCUUCCACGGCAUACGGAGGCUCAAGGAGCUGAUUCUCAGCUCCAAUAAGAUCACGCAGCUGAAAAACAACACGUUUCACGACGUUCCCAAUUUACGCAAUCUAGACCUUUCCUACAACAAAAUGCAGGUUCUCCAGCCCAAUCAGUUCGUGGGUCUACGGAAGCUACUCAGUUUACACUUGAGGUCGAACUCCUUAAAAACGGUCCCAAUGCGAGUUUUCCUCGACUGUCGCAACCUGGAGUUCCUCGAUAUUGGCUACAACAGGCUACGGAGCCUCACGCGGAACGCCUUCGCAGGACUCCUUAAGCUCAUCGAGCUUCACCUGGAGCACAACCAGUUCUCCAAGAUCAACUUCGCUCAUUUCCCCCGCCUGACCAACCUGCGGGCGCUCUAUCUGCAGUGGAACCGUAUCAAACUGCUGACCCAGGGCCUGCCGUGGAUGUGGACCUCCUUGCAAAAGCUGGACCUCUCUGGCAACGAGCUCCAAGUGUUGGACCCGAGCACGUUCCAAUGCCUCCCUAAUCUGCAGACCCUUAACCUGGACUCCAACAAGCUGAGCAAUGUGUCCCAGCAGGCGGUGGAGGCUUGGAUCUCCCUCACCACCAUCAGCCUGGCUGGUAAUUUGUGGUACUGCAACCCCAACAUAUGUCCCCUGGCGGCCUGGCUCAAGGACUUUAAGGGCAACAAGGAGUCCACUAUGAUUUGUGCCGGCCCCAAGGAGGCACAAGGAGAGAAAGUGACCGAUGUGGUGGAGACUUACAACAUCUGCACGGCGACGCCGGCCCCCGUGCCCUCGACGACAUCGCCCCUCACUUCUGCGUUCCAACCUGAGCUGCUGCCGCCUCUCCCCACACAGUCUGUGGCGGAUAAGAAGCUGAUCUGGAACAGGACAGCUUCCCCUACUCCCUCCGAGGCCUCCCCCACCAUCUCCCUGCCAGACACUGAGUAUGUGUCCUUCCACAAGAUCAUAGCCGGCAGCAUGGCCCUCCUCUUAUCCGUGGCUAUAAUUCUCCUGGUAAUCUACGUCUCGUGGAAGCGCUACCCCAGCAGCAUCAAACAGCUUCAGCAGCGCUCGGCGGUUAAAAAGCGGCAGAAAAAGGCACGGGACACCGAGCGCUCCCUCAAUUCGCCGCUGCAAGAGUACUAUGUGGACUACAAGCCUUCACACUCAGAGACUAUGGAUGUGCUGGUUAAUGGGACAGGACCUUACACAUACACCAUCUCAGGCUCCAGGGAAUGUGAGGUACCGCGGCAGCUGAGUGCUCUGACGUUGUACAGGUGUGAGCAGUCGGUUCUGGAUUACUGCCAUGCCCACCUGUCGCUGCAACUUAACGUGGGCAUGGAGCCACCAACUCAGGCGCUGGGAGGUCCGCGGCCAGCCAACUACCACCCGGGCCUAAUGGCUCCCCUCCCCUCCGAGCCCGUGCUGCCUUGCCCCCAGACCCACUCCCUCCACCUCCACCAGUGAGCUGUGCACACUGUGUCCAAACUACUGUAUGUGUGCUGCACAGAAUCAGUGCUCUGCUCAGAUGAAACGCAAGGCUGUGUGGGAGGGAACUGGGACUGGUAGAGAAGCAAAGGAGACAAUUAAUCUAUUGCAGAGCAUCCCGGACCCAGGGUAAUGAAAAUGGAAAUAUUUCUCAGUGGAAAUAAAGGGGUUGCAGCGGUAUUGAUUAGUGAGCUUCUGACCUACCUGACCCCUCACUGUCCUCAAUUAGCAAAGGAGGCUGAACAGCAGCAUGACUUUCCACGUUCUGCUCUGCCUCCUGAGGAGUAUUAAGGCUAAUAAUUUAAUGAUUUGUUAAUCUUAUUAAACAUAUUUCCUCGACUGGGCACCUCUCUGCUGCGUCAGGUGGAGUAAUCAAAUGCAAAAACGCUAUUAACAGAGCAGAGGAAACAGCGUGAUAAGCAAUUGAGUAGCAGAACAAAUGAAAGAUCAGCCAAGCUAAAAGGCUCUCUGCUGCUUUUUUCCGAUCACGCUGUCAGUCAGAGCAGAGGUCUCUCCCUAAAUCACGUCCCCGCGGCAUUUUUCAUCUCCAGAAACGAGCCGCCCAAACGAAAUCACCCAAGACGAGAAGUCAGAAAAUAACGGGCGGUAAUUGUCAUAUAAAAUGUACAGCCUACAACAUCUCGCCGGGCAGUGAGCAUAACUUACAUGGUGACUUUUGAUUUCCGUAAUGAUUUGGGAUGUUGAUCACGUCAUGAUUAAUUUAACCGAGCCGAGAAAUAAACAGAUGAAAAACAAACACCAGAUCUGGGCACGCUGGGAUGUUCGGAUAUUUACUUUUCACCAUCCAUUUAAAUCACUCUUGUAGUCGAUGGUUUUUGUUUUUGAAACGUGUUCUUCGACCAGUUACCUGAUUGUGCACUCAUAUAUCUACAUGUGUGUGCUUUUUACAAGAUGUUACAUUAUAAUAUAUGGUAAAUAAACUGUGGUAAAUGACCA